UUCGCGCUGUCCGGCAAUUGUCCCUCGUCUCCGGAGUUAAUUUUGUGGUGAUGGCUGUCCGUUUGUCUCAGAUUUGGGUAAUUUGGCUGCUUCUGCUGGGCACUUUCAUUGACGUCACGCGCGGCAAGCGUUUGGAUCGUAAACUGUCGGACAAUCGAAUUGUGGGUGGCCAGGAGGCGGCGAACGGGGUGGCUCCUUAUCAGGUAUCCAUUCAGACCACCUGGAGAACCCACAUCUGCAGCGGCGUCAUCCUCAAUAAAGAAUGGAUCCUAACCGCAGGUCAUUGUGCACUGGACUUUAGCAUUGAGGAUUUGAGGAUUAUCGUGGGCACGAAUGAUCGACUGGUUCCGGGACAAACUCUAUUUCCGGAUGAGGCUCUGGUCCACUGUCUGUACGAUGUGCCCUAUGUCUAUAACAAUGACAUAGCAUUGAUUCAUGUCAACGAAUCGAUUGUAUUCAAUGAUCGCACUCAGAUCGUUGAGCUGAGUAGAAAGCAGCCGCCGGCGGGUUCCAUUGUCACCUUGACCGGAUGGGGUGCUCCGGAGAGUAGUUUUCCCACGGUGCAGCACUUGCAGACCAUCAACCUGACCAUCAUAGCCCACGAGGAGUGCCGGGAGAGGUGGGACUACCACGAUGGCAUCGACAUCGGUCACAUCUGCACCUUUACGCGGGAAGGCGAGGGAGCCUGCUCCGGAGAUUCGGGAGGUCCUCUGAUGUGGGAGGGCAAACUGGUGGGUCUGGUCAACUGGGGAAGAGCCUGCGGCGUGGGCAUGCCAGAUAUGUAUGCCAACACUAUCUACUACCAGGAAUGGAUCAGAAGAACUCGCACGGGAUGCAAAAAUCGUGUUAACUGAAAGAGAUCAAAGGAGAUGGAUUUUUAAAAUGUGUAUUGAUAUGUGAAAUAUA